AUGUCGGGUGUAAAAGAUAUUGUCCCCGAUCUCGAAAGACUGGAUUCCCAAUUGGAUUCUCUUGAGGAUGCCCUACAGCCUCUCUUUGAUGGCCUCGAUGACAUGUCGCAGCUUCCGCUGCUAGACAAGGCAAAGUUAUAUUCUCUGACUGCCUAUGCUAUCGAGUCGUUAUUAUUUUCCGCACUGAAGCUUGAAGGCGCCGACGCCCAGAAUCAUGCUGUAUAUGCAGAACUCAAGCGUGUCCAACAGUACUUUGGCAAGAUUAAAGCCGCAGAAGAGCCUGCAGGUCAACGCACAACAUCCGUCAACCAGGAGGCUGCUGCGCGCGUCUUGAAGGCUGAUCUGUCCGAUAACAAGUUGCUGAGCAGUAGACUAGCUGAAAAAAUUGCCGAGGAAAAGGCCAAGGCUCUGUUGAGAACCUUUGACAGCAAGAAGCGAUCUGGAGACGAUACUCCCUCUGGAUCUGCCGAUGAGCAGGGCAACAAGAAGCAGAAGCAGAAGCACCGUGGUAAAAGCAAGAGCAAGAAGUGA